AGUACCGUACGCGACAACAUGGCCGUCUCUUCAACUAGAUUAUUCGCUAGACUUGCUGGGGUAUCCGGUGCUUCUGCGAUUGGUUUUGGCACGUAUGGAGCUCAUGUUUUGAAGAACAAAGAAGGCAAAGAACAUGAAAUGGUAGCAUUUGAUUCUGCAAAUAGGUACCAUUUCUACCACUCUAUUGCUCUCCUUGGUGUUCCAAUGUGCCGGAGACCAAAUCUAGUUGGAGGAUUAAUGGUGACUGGAAUGACCUUCUUUUGUGGAUCCAUGUAUUACUAUGCAAUAACAAGUGAUGCAACAUACAUCAAACUAGCACCAACUGGGGGUGUAAUACUCCUUGCUGCAUGGAUUGCUAUGGUCUUGUGAAUAAAUGAAUGUUGAUAAUGUACUUUUCCACUAAGCCCGGCCGCCUUAAUAUGGUCUCACAAAAUUGUGUAAACAUAGAAACGUAUGAACCUGUCGUGGGCCAACAUGUGUGUUUGUGGGACAUGCGUAUUUUUUACUCUGUUCUGAUUGAUUACUGUUUGAUUGAAACCCCACCCAGAAAAAUCCAUUUAAUAGAUUUAGUUUGUUUUUAUUUAAUAUGCAGACUGACAUUUGCUUUUCUCAGAACAGUCAAAAAGCUACAGUAUUUAAGUCUGUUCAGAACAUUCUUUUUGAUUUGUUUUUCAUGUAUGAUUUCAACACCAGUUCUCAUUAUCUCAACGAGGAAAAGCGUUAUGUUCUGUUUUACAGAUAUUAAGUCUAGUUUUUUGGGUAGCUCUAUUAAAUUAAUUUUUGCUGUAAUUGUGUAUGAAGUUUAUUUUAAUUCAUCAACUAUUAGAUAUAUUGCCACUUAGAAAUUCAAGAAAAAACUAAAAAAUAACAUUUAAUCGUUCAUUUAAAAGAACCACAGAAGUUUGCAAUUAAGAAAGAGGGAAAAUUUAAGUUUAUUAUUCUUGUAUAUAUUUUUUGUCUUGGACAACAAAAAUCACCGAUUUAAGAUUAAUUCAAGAUUGUUAUAUGUUGAUAUCUAAAACAUCUAUUGUGAUACUACAUGUACAUCUACUUUUAUAGAGAACAAUAUACUUUGGAUAAACAAUUAAAAAAAAUACACAAUAGCCAAAUAAAAAUAUUAUUAGUAUUUUGGAAUAAACAUUAAAAGCACUUCUAUUAUGUGAAAUUGGGAAAAUAACAUAUUUAGCGAUAUUCUGGCUCAAUUUGAUGCCUGUAUCAUACUACAAACAUCCUGAUAUGCUAGGUCUUGACUGAAUAAAAAUUAUGCAUUUUAAAAA